UUGAAUGUACGAAGCACGAAAAUUCCAUAAUCUUCCUUGAACACACAAAAGAGGAAGAUAAAUUCCUCGAAGUUCGCGACAGCAAAAUGUGAUGGGGAAGCUGGAGAACGGAGAACAAGUCACACAUUUGUUCUUGUAGUAUGGGUCGAAGGAGGCCAUGCGGUGACCCUGACGCAUCUGUUGUCACUGACGCUAAAAGAAAAAAAAGUACGAAGAUGGUGCGUGUUAGUGUAAUUGAGACAUGCUUGUAAUUAUUUUCAGAGAGACGCUUAUAAUUAUACGCUGAACUGCGAAGAAAUAAAACAGUUGCGGCAUUAACGUCACUGUCCGAAUGCUUCAACAAUAAUGGGAGCUAGACAUUUUCAGAGAGAUGGAGAAAGUGACAGGAAUUGAGUAAAUACUUUCUUCUACUUGACGUUUAAUAGAAACAUUUGAAAGAAGCAAGGAAUUCUACAAUGUCAGAAUCUUAUGAUUUUUUAUUCAAGUUUUUGGUUAUUGGGAAUGCAGGAUCAGGAAAGUCAUGCCUGUUACAUCAAUUUAUUGAAAGCAAGUUUAAAGAUGAGAGCAGUCAUACAAUUGGAGUUGAAUUUGGCUCUAAAAUAGUAAAUGUUGGAGGCAAAUCUGUAAAGCUUCAAAUUUGGGAUACUGCAGGACAAGAAAGAUUCAGGUCAGUAACUCGUAGCUACUACAGGGGGGCAGCAGGUGCCCUUUUGGUAUAUGAUAUUACCAACAGGGAAAGUUUCAGCGCCCUUGCAAAUUGGCUGUCUGAUGCACGUACACUGGCUAGCCCAAACAUUGUCAUUCUCUUGGUAGGCAACAAGAAGGAUCUGGAUGGUGAAAGAGAAGUUACAUUCCUUGAGGCAAGCCGAUUUGCACAGGAAAACGAGCUGAUGUUUCUAGAAACAAGUGCGAAGAUGGGUGAAAAUGUAGAAGAGGCUUUUCUCAAGUGCUCGAAAACAAUCCUGGCAAAAAUUGAAACUGGUGAACUUGACCCCGAGAGGAUUGGCUCAGGAAUUCAGUAUGGGGAUACAACCACUCGCCGUUUGCACCGGGAAAACAAUCGUCGGCAGCCUGACUGUUUUUGCCGUAUGUAGUAAUACCACUGGCCCAUAAAUGAUGAAAUAGCCCUUUCCCAUGUUUCUUUGAUUCUGACUUUGUAACGGGCCAGUAAAAUUACGUACCAUUUGUGAUAAAACUAAAGAAGGUAAUUACUUAGUACAUUUUUUUUUUUUUAGAAAUUAGAAGUUAUUUUCAAAUAUUAUACUUAAAAAAGCUCAGUGUUAUGGAUGUUUUCUGUUUGUGUAAAUGCAAUAUAUUUCACAAGACUUUGUGUUGUACUGUUUAUGAAUCUGACAAGUCAGUUUUCACUGCACAGUUUUUAUGGAUGAAUUCCACGGCUGUUGAAACUGCUAAUUGUAAUUGACAUUACCACUAAAGCAGUACUCAACAUUGUUAUGGAAUUAACAUGUAUUCAGAUCACUGUAAAAGUGGGAUUGAUAAUAUUUGGCAAAUGGCAGUCAGGCACAGUAGGAGCAUGAGAUUCAGUUCUUUUGAGAAGCUCACUAUCCAGAUACUGCAUUUUGAUUUCCCGCUUGACACAGCAUUUAUCGUCAGUUAUACAGUAACUAUUCUGACCAUAGUCUCUCAACCAUAGUCGUAUUUGAAAAGACAUGCGUUAGUACAUGAAUCUCAUUUAUUUCAAACGUAAUGUUGAAAGUGGUAGCAGUUGGGUUAUUUAUAUAAGCAUGAUUUUUGUUUAAUCUUUGUAACAUUCACAGCCUGCAGGUUUCAGGUCUCGCUUUAACUUUAACAGAAUGCAUUUAACAAAUGCUUCUUUGUGUUUUUCUAAAGAUAGAAAACUUGGGAUGUAAAGUCUGGUAUUCAUGAUGGCCAAAAUCAUUUUAUCAUCACGAGUAGUUAUGAUGUAUUUGCAAUUUUCUGAUUUUUGGCUUGACACGAUGAAAGUGAUUCAUGUUUGUUGUAGUGCCAUUAUGCAGGUGUACAGCUCAUACUCAUAUACAGAUAUUUUAUGUUUUAUGUGUAAUGAAUGCGUUGAAAUAUAGCUGCUGUUCACAGUUCUCAGAUCAAGUCAUCUUGUAGUAUUACACCAGAUAUAAUAGCACAUACUGUUAUCAUUACAGUGUAUUACAGUUACCUUCUUUAGAUUUACAAUUGCAGUCAAAGAAUGUUUAAGUAAAAUGCAGUACUUUUUUUAUUUUUGACACUGAUUUCUAGUUCAUGGAAUUUCCCUGUUAUGUAUCUUUUGGUAUUCUGGAGUAGAGGAAAAUCUGCCCAGGGUCAGUGUGACCAAGAUUAGAAUACAUGGAAAGCAAAAUAAUAUAAAGUUCAUUAAUAAUUUUAGACCAGUUUGGAAAUUACUCAUUCUGAUGUCUUAUAAGACAGGUUGUGAUUGCUAGUCUAAGUAUAAUAGGGUAGAAUGACCACUGAGGAAAAAUGUGCCUGCGGUCAUGGUCUUACGGUGACAUGGUAAUGUUCUGUGGUGUUUUUAACAUGAAGCUCCCUUGGGUUACGAGCUAGAAAGUCAGGCUAAAGUGACAAGUAGGAAAACUGGAAAAAGGUGAGGAAACUGCAGCUCAUUAGCACACCAUUUCAGAAUGGGUACACUUCACAUUCAAGCUUAGUCUUUUCAUGUAACUAAUUUACAUGCACCACUUGCAAGGCACUUCUGUCAUGUCAGUGAACCUAUAUAUAAAAAUGCUGCUUAAUGUUAAGAACUAAAUAUUAUCAUGUCAUAUCAGAAAAAAUGUACUGGCCAUAGUGUUCAGCUAAUUAUUUCAAGUCCAUGUGAUUAAAAAUUACAAGAACGUCUUUCUGGGGGGGGGGAUAGAAUUUAAUACGCUUUUCAGUCUAGUCAGUAUUUAUCAAAACAAAUUCCUUUCCCCCCCAAUUUGGAGCAUAACUAUAUUUGGUCUGUAUAGUGAGGAGUAUAAAUACAAAAUUAAAUCUGUUCACCCAAAACAUUACUACCAUGUGUGCAUAAUUGGAUAAAGUGGAUCUAGUAAGAGGUAACAUUGCUUGUUGACACUUAUUAACUGCUGAUUUCAGUGUCACCUGAAACAACAAGUAAAUGUAUAUAUAUACAGUAAAAUAAGUCUGAAUAGACCAGGAAUUUACCAGAAAGCAUAAAGGAUUAUUUUCAGUUCAGUAAACUUCCUAAGCAAAUUGAAAAUGAGAGUUAUGAAGAAUAACAAACACUGUCAUUUUAUCUGACAUUUUCAUUAUGGGUCAUCAUUUCAAUUUUUAUUGUCAACCAUUUUCUUAAUUUGUGAAACUCUCUCUCUCCCUACAAGUCUUAUAUCCUCACAUACAUUUUCAUGGUCAUUAGAAGCACCUAAUUCCAUAAUUUUUUCCCUAUGAGGUUGUAUGAAACUCUCACAGCACAAUUUCCCCCCUAUAUGAGGUUUGGGAAAAAAGUUUCAAAUGAGUCCUUUCUUUCAGAAUUUUUAUCGACAAAGAUAUAAAAUGAGAUGUUAGACAUUGAAUGACACAAUAAUUCCAAUUAAAACAUAGGAUGGUGUCAGUAUCAUAACUGCAGCUUAUGACAUGAUUUUAGUGGCAAUCACAAUCAAUGUCAGACAUUCUAAUAUAACAACAUAAAUGCUUUGAAUAGCGGUUCCACAUUUUUUUGACCUUCUCCACACAGUUUUGAUUAUACAGUUAUGAAAAUUGGAAGAUAUGGCAGUUGGUAUGUUUCUUGAUGUUUAUAUUUUUGAUUAAAAAGUGGUGGAAUCCCCAUUUUAACAUUUUCCCUCAUUUAGUGUUGGAUUUGUUUCAUCCCAAAUCAUUAGCUACAUGUUCAAAUCUACUAGUCUUUAAAGAUGCCUUAAAUGCGAGUUUUGCUGCAUUUUUGAUCCUUUUGAUCUUUCAGUUUACUUUUGAGGUUGAUAUCUGUAUUGUAUCUAAACCACUGCAGUUCACCUGUUCUGUUUCUACAAAUCCUUUUUCCUUUUACAUGUUCCCAUUGCUUGCUGUGUACAGUACCUACUGUUUGGAUGAUUUUUAUAUGAAGUCUUUAGUUAAUGUUCCAAACAUUCUGAUUGCCCUUACUGUUACAUAUACUAAACUUCACACACAUACUUAAAGAAACAAAAUCCUUAUUGUCCCAAUGAUUUUCACUUUAAAAAGACAGAUCAUCAGAUGUUGUCUUGUAUUAUCUGUCUUGAAGAACAUGAAAACCUUAAAUACAUAACGAGUAAUAAUACUCUCAAAAUCAUGGUACAGUUUAAAUAUUAUAUGAAACAAACUGUGGCACAUUGUGAGAUCUGAGGUUCUCACAAUGGUAACUAUGAAGACUUCUAUCUUCUGAGAUAUAACACCAUGUAGACCAGUAAAAGUCAAAAUUGCCUUUAAUUCCAUGGAUAUAUUUACUUUAAUAAUUUGGUCUAUCUGUUGGAAUUUUGAUCUUAAAAGUGCAAGUGAUACUGAAGAAAUAGAUUUCAGUUUUGACAAGUGACUGUUCUUUGAAACUUUGUCUAAUACAUCUUUCAGGGUAUGUAAUGUCUUGCAUAGGCAACCUCACGGAAGAAGAGUCCUUUGUGCUCAAGAUCUAUGGUAUGGUGAUUUUGGUUCUCUGUAUAUGUUGUAUCUAGUGACUUUCUAAAAGCAAUGUAAUAGUCUCGUGAUACACUGCCAAAGAUAUUUUAGACACAGUCUGGGGUAAUAUUUAAUACAAAAUAUGUUAAAAUUUAUGAAAAUGAGAUUUGCUAGAGCAAAAAGAAAUGCAAGCUUGUACUUGGCUAUUUGUAACCUCAAUAAGAAAUUAUGAGAUUACAUAUUUGAUAGUUGUUGAAUAAUGGUACUGAUUUUACUUCUUAUUUUUAUCUGUACUUGUUUGAUUCUUUUCUCAGUUAAUACUUGAACAGUUAUGCCAUAUUUAUCGUACAUGAAGAGAUACACAUUGCUUCAACUCGGCUCUAAUGUCCUGUCUGUACCGAAGUGGAAUGCUGUACAGCAGAAAGAGUCGUUAUAUUUGACGUCAUGUAAAUAUUCUCACCCAAAUAAUGAUCAGAUUUGUAGCGUAUUGUCAGUUUUACCGAGACAUUCUUCUCCAGUAUAUUUUGGAGUAUUCAUGGGGGCAGUUGUUCAGGUUGUGACACCGUGUAGUCUUGUAUAUAAUAUCAAUAGUUCAGAGGAAAAUGCUACCUGUUUUCUUAGCAUCAGAGUGAGUACAGUGAGGACGUUGGGUUACACAGGUGGCUUUCAAGGAAGGUUGUGGUCCAUGUGAAUUAAGAGGCAACAUUCCUUGCAACUGAAAACAUAUGCCGUUAUUAUAACAGAUUUGCUAUUUAGUACAUCUUUUUGCCACAGAAAGCCCUGAAUGUUAAUUACAACUUACAGUAAAUUGGUUGACUAAAUGAAAGAAAACAGCAAACUUGUUAUAUGACUUUCAAAAUGAUUCCUGUAUUACUGUCGGGUAAGAUGCAAUUGAAGACUUUGCUAUUGCUGGUUAGCAUUCUCCCAUAAAAUUGAUGUAAGGUUUUGUAUUACAGAAUAGCGAAGAUGCAUAAUCCAUGAUGAGUCUUAUUUAGUGAAGUGAUGCAUAAAUGUUGGGGAUGUUGGGUAGAAGUUCAUAAUUUGUUCCUGAGCUUGCCUUCCAAAUCUGGACAAGUUAAACCUAUCAGACUGAAAGGUGAUAUGAUUUCGUGGGCUCCUUGAUAGCUUCUGUUCAUGAAUAAAA